AUGUCGAUUUCGGUGCACGUCGCACUGUUGAGCGGUCAGAGCCUGCGAAUCUCGGCGGAGCUGGACUCGACCGUCGAUGAAUUGCAACUCCUGGCACAAGACAAGUCUGGGCUGCGCCUAGCUGGUCUAGUCGCCUCUGGCGGCCUUGGCACGGCCUUGAAGUUGAUUUCGACUUUCG